CUCGUCAGAAAAUUUUCUUGAAAUGUCUUAGUACUGUAAUAUUCUAAACAGAGGUCGGCGCACUCGACAAGUUGGUAUGAAACCACAGUUAUGUUUGGCGAAGACAAAUAUUUCUCUUUGUUCCGUUAGUUUGUGUGUCAAACCGCAGUUAUUUUGCGCUGUAAAGAAAUACGCUUUCAUCUCAGCAAGCCAUUAAAUUAUUCAUAAUUCGGCGUUUGUCGAGUGGGCUUUUUCUUUUGUCCUCACUCACCUUAAAAACUCGUGUUAUGCUCGCGUUUUUUUCCUGGCGGAUAUGAGUAACACACGCGAGCCCAUCCUGUCCUCUCAGCGUUUCAUCUGCUUAAGUACUUAACGCAUUCUCUCAAACAACCGCAAAAGAAAAAUGUGUCACUUAAGUAGCAGCUCUAGGUAUUGGAAAUAGUACAGAAUUGUUGUAAACAGCUGGCGUAGGCGAGAAAACGGAAAAUUCACAAUCAAUUGUUUUGAGUUAGUGUGGUUUGCCAUUGCGUCAUUUCAAACAACAAGAACGGAUGUUCCUCUCCUUUCUGCAAUCUUCCGCCUUCCUCUAACAGUUUUUAUUGCAUGUCUCUGAAUUCCCGUGACUAGACUGUUAGGAAAAUGGUAUAAACGUGAUGUUUCCCCUCAAGUUUUACGCAUUUCCAACCACAUCCAACCGCUUACAAACAGGUCUAUCCUCCGAACUCAAAUCCCACCAUCUCACUCUCUCUUCUUACGAUAGGCUUUCGGAAUUGCUUUUGUUGGUACAACGCAGCAUGCUUGUUCCGUAUUAACCGAGUAUAUUAAUAAGCUUAUCAGCUAGUUUUCUGACCAACCGACGUCACAGUUGGAAGAUUUCAAGAUGGAGCCUUCACAAAGAACUCACAUUUUUCCUGCACUCGGAGCAAAUGUUCGGUAUUGCUUAACAUCUUCUUAUACUUUUAGCUCAGUGUUUCUUAACUCUAAAUAUGAGUUCUUUAACUAAUGACGUGAUAAAUUAUCGUUAUUGAGGCAUAAGUAUGUUUAAACUUAGAAUUUCCUCUCUGCCAACAUGUGGCAUCGUUCUCAGAUCGUAGUGAUGCCUAACAAGUACCCAGAAAGCAUAGUGUUGAUUUCUCCCGUCAGAGCUUGAAUUUCUUCGCUUCUUCCCCCAAGAUUUCUGGUUAUUCGAUUUUCUACACUUCUCUUUAUUUGGCAAUCUAUAUCUUCGGUUGCCUCAAAAGUGCGCUACAGUAAAGACGAUGAAUAUUUUCUUUGUUGUGUUUGCGUUCUUAGCUUGGACUGAAGCCGCACCAAGUCCUCCAAAAUGUGGCAAAAUUCGCGGUCGCAAUUGUAGUGAAGACAGCGAUUGCGCAUGUCUUAACCGUCACAACAAAAGUUCCUUGAUAUGUAAUACCCGAUUUCGAUGCGAGAAGCAAGAAUUUAGGGACACACUCCAGAGGAUGCAGCCAUGCCACCGUAUCUACAAGAAUUUUUGUGAAGUUGACACCGAUUGUCCAUGCGACGAAGCACGACUUAUCUGUGAGGAUCACGAAUGCGUGAAAGAGAAAAGAAGACCAAGGCCACAGAUAAACUUAGAUCGUCUCCUCUCUAUAUUGUUGCCAAGAAAAAGUAACGGCACGCAAAGCUCUCCGCGUCGUCAGAGAAGACGUUUACUGAGACACGGACUCUUCAAGACGAUUUAGCAGCUUUGUUAUUCCAUGCGAUGUUCGGCACAACCCUUUGUAUGGCGUAGGGUGAUCAUCCCCUCCCUGCUUUAGAGCGCAUUUCGAUUGAAAUGUGUCGUCAGACCGAAAACAGAGGAACCACUAAGGCCAGUCUCAGAAAAAAGGAAAAUACUGCGCCACAAGGAGCCCAUGUGAACUCAUGUGCCAGGAGUGUUGGAUAUCACGUGUCAUCACAUGACUAAUGGUGUUACGUAGCGUCUGAUUGGUGGAGAAAGUGAUACGAUAUUUCUUGACCAA